AUGAGCAAUGUGUUCUGUAUAGCAUGGCGGAUCCCAUGCUCGGGGCCCCGUUCCUUGAGCCUGCUUCCAACUACUGCAGCGUCGCUGCGCUCCACUUGUCGUGUGUCCUCUCCAUGGUGUCUUGGUACCAUAUCCGCGCGGCACCUUGGACCUUUGAACCUUCUUUACCCUACGACGCCUUACCAGUAUUGUCCCCGUACGACGUCAGAGCAGCUCCCAAGCUCCAUCCGAUCGUUUACAAGCUCGAGAUGCUUGCGCACUAAGUCGGACUCUAAAGUUGAAAAUGGUGUCCAGCUCCGGCCGCAGCCCUUCACCACGGCCGAAAUCAAUGCAAUCUUUGGGAGCCGUGCGAAGAUAACCCCUCAGAUGGGAAACCGGAUUCUCGCUGUUCUCCAGGGUAGGCGUCUUGAUGGCACCCUUGAUCUUGACCUUCCUUCCGAUAUAACUCGCUCCGUCCGUCCUUCUAGUCUCGAUGCGGCAAUGAAAUGGUUACGCAAGAAUUAUCCACUCGAUGAAGAUGCUGCUAUUAUCGCACGAAUCGAACGAGAAGAGCUGCAGGAGGAGGAAAAGCACGUCCGACGCGCAGAAGAGCUGGGCCUCUACAAACCUCAGAGUGGCUCCUACGGUGCUGAACUAGGCGAAUCGAAUGACCUAUAUGGCAAAAGUGUUCUGAAAGAAACGAGGAAACGAAAUGAAGCACGGCUCUUGGCCGAACAAGAAAAGAAACGUCAAGAAUGGCUCGACGGUGAACAGAAGGAGCGUGAAAAGUUAGAGCAUAUGAGGCAGAAGAAUACGACACUCCAGAGGUUCGAAGAUACAGCAGCGUUGGAAGCAUGGAUACAGAAACACCAUCUACGAGCCACUGACUGGGACCUGGAUGUGUCUAAAUUGACGAAUGGUGGUCGUAUUCUCCGGAUCCUUAGCAUCACACUUGUAACUUUUGGCUUAUGCUACGUUUUUUCAAACAAUUACCAAGCUCCCGCCAAGGCUGAUCGGUUGUGGCCUGAUGUUCCCCCAGCAGCAGCUACGGUCAUGGCUAUAAUAGGAACGAAUGUCGGUGUUUUCCUUUUAUGGAAGCUUUGCCCUCCGGCCUGGAGGCUUCUUAAUCGUCAUUUCAUUACUGUCGCUGCCUAUCCUCGUCCGCUCAGUUUAAUCGGGAACGUCUUUAGCCAUCAAACGGUAAAUCAUCUCGCACUCAACAUGGUGGUCUUAUGGUUCGUUGGGACAAGGCUUCAUGAUGAGAUUGGUCGUGGAAACUUCUUAGCUUUGUAUCUGGCUUCUGGCGUUUUCGGGUCCUUCACAUCUUUGACCGUCAAUAUCCUGAAAGGGAAUUUGGGUCUUACUGCCCUUGGAGCUAGCGGAGCUAUCUCGGCUCUGGUUGCUGCUUGGUGCAUGCUUCAUGCCGAUGAGAAAUUUACUCUUUUCUUUCUUCCACCUGAAUGGCAGGAAGUCGCCUCAGCCAAAGGAUGGAUAGUCCUGACUGGCCUUGUCGCCUUGGAAUUCGUCAACAUGUUUACCCGCCGAGCAUUGAUUGAUUACUGGGCUCACCUUGGUGGGUUUCUAGCGGGAACACUAUGGUCAACUGCAUACAAGAAGCGCAAGGAAAACGAACGACUAAUAAAUAAGACAUGGUAUGAGCGCACCUUUCGGGACUGA